AUGUCUUAUUUGGGAACCCCUGUCCGGGAAUAUCUAAAGAGGGAGUUGCCAAGUGGUAUUGCGGAAGGGACGGCGGAUGGAGUGAUUGGACCACGUGGACUUCCUGUCCUGUGCUGUGCGGUGGAGGAGUGGUUUCAAGGACACGAUCAUGUGACAACCCCGCCAAUGAGUAUCCCGGAAGUUAUUGUGAUGGCUCGGACUACCAAACACAGUCAUGCAAUAGUCAUACAUGUCCAGAAAAUGCACAACUCGUUAAUCCUAGAGGACGUAACUUGGAGACUGGUUUUCAAAGCACCAAGUGGAGUCGUCCCCGCCGGACACACAGAUGUGGCUGGUUUUCUGAGGGACACUGGAUCUUACAAUGAGGACGUCGUGUCGGUGAUGCGGGACUUUUCUGCAGGAGGAUCUCUGUAUAAGUCAUCCAUUCUGGACGACUGGGCUACAAAACAUAGCAUAUCAGCGGUUCGAUUGUCAGUGUACAAAGAUGGACGGGAAGUGGCUUACGUAGUGUUCGACACAGUGGGCGUGACCAGUAAAACAGGAUGGAUGGAUUGUUCUCGUAUUCUAGACUCAAGCUGGACAGACCUACAGGCGAGCAGCCCAAACCUAUGUGGCAUCGAUGAUACUGGUGACGCUAAACGGAAUUUCUUUAUCAAUAACAUUUAUGGUGGUUGCCAAGGUGAUGCGGGAUGGUUAAUGUUGAAGGACGUGGGUGCUAGUGGUGGCUGCGAUGAAUGGGACACUAACCAAGGGUCAUUGCCCUAUAUACUAUACUCUACUGACCUCACUUACGUCACGUGGCACAAUGGUAAUAAAGGAUACGGCGAUGCUUUAGCUAUUUCUGUAAUGGACUGGCAUAUGGUAUUCAAGGGAAUUAGUGGUGCGCCUCCUUCAGUGGGAUCUCUACAGGACCUGUGGGAAGGCAGUGACACCGAGCGAGAUAACGAUACAUCAGUACGGACGGUCACCAAGGUUCCAGGACAGACAUAUAAAUCGGGCCUGAUUGAGGAAUGGACGAAUACAUUCAUGAUUGUUGAUAUGGUAAAAUAUUCCUUCUAUACCAAUGCCGAGGAAGUCUCGUGGAUGGUGUUCAACGGCAAAGACACAGACAAAUCAUCAUGGCUGUCUAGCUCAAACAUACUCUAUUCUCAUUACACCGAUAUUUCCACGACAGUCAAGUCAACCUGUUCCAUUCCUGGAGAUGGAAUAAACACAUUUGCUGUUGUCAAUGACGACAGCAGUUGUCCCAACUUCCGGUCUUGGAUGAUGGUCGUGGACAGUCCAGGAAGUUCACCAAUGUGUACAUUUGACAAUACUGGAAGAUCGAAGCCUUACUUCUUAUAUAGCGCGUCAACCAACGCUGGCCUGGUUGAGUCAGGUGGAAACUGGGACAGUGUUGGAUUUCCUUCAGCUGAUGUACUAGGGGUGUUUGUGAUUGGCUGGUUUCCUGUUAUGAAAGUGUCACGUGGUCAAUCAGUUUACCCUGCAUUAGGAAUAUAUGACCUUUGGACAAAGAGUUACAUACUUAAUGAGUUUGAUAAGGAUGCGUUGUCUUUCCAAUAUGGUACCAAGUCGUACAAAUCUAGUGUUGUGGAUUCAUGGAACAAUUACUAUAUUAAUUCGGUGAGAGUUUCCUUUUAUGUGUCCGGAGUAGAACAGGCCUACGUUGUGUUUGAUGCACACGGAUCCGACAAGAUCAGCUGGUUUGAUUGUGACCGGAUCCUUUAUACAUCAUACAAAGACCUUAAUAGGGACACCUCGACGGUCUACUGCAGUAUACCAGGACAAAACACACUACAACGCUACUUCUUUCUGGAGUACGAGGAGAAUAAUGGCUGUAUGGCAGAUUCGGGUUGGUUUGGAGUAAUGGAGUCAGGGUCGGGAUGUCAUUGGGAGCAGAGACUGGCUACACCUUACGCCAUUUACUCCGACAACAACAACGGGUUCGAAAUAAACACGAAUAUGGCGAUUGCAGAUGUCUUUGCGAUAUCCGUCGGUAUGGAGGACCACUGUAGUAUAGUAACUUGUGAUAACGGUGCCACGUGCUACGACAGAGGAGUUACCUAUGACUGUGAAUGUGUUGGCGACUUUUAUGGAAUAUUGUGUGAAAAUUUGGACGGCGGUUGGACUGAGUGGUCAAACUGGACAGUAUGUAGCACAACAUGUUACGCUGCCGGUACUCAAACAAGGGUCCGGCAAUGUAGUAAUCCAUCCAAGGUUGGAGAGGGCUUGGACUGUCCAGGAGAGGCCUUGGAGACAAUCGAUUGUAUCCCGGACUUUCCUAUAUGUGACGAAUAUAAUACGGGUUAUUUGGAGGAAGACAUCGCUUACCAAAUGGUGUGCCCGAAAGGAUAUUACGUUUUUGUCGGGUCUGCAUUUUAUGGAAAUGACGACCAUGACUGUGACGACCCGAUUGCUACAGCAAAACUAACAUCACUAUGCCACGGUCUCAGUGAAAAUUGUACUUUUAGUUUCAAUAACAACGUCUUUGGCGAUCCCUGCUGGCAGUAUACAAAACAAGGGAACGCAACUCUUUAUUGUGCAAGAGACGGUCAGUGGAACACAUGGCAAGCCUGGAGUUACUGUUCCCGUCACCUGUGGCGGGGGUAUCAGGACACGCAGACGUUCCUGUGACAGUCCCACUACCGUAUCACCUGGACUUUACUGCGCAGACUCACCAGAUGAUUCAAAAACAUGUAUGACGGAACCUUGCCCAGUUUGUGGAAACCAUUAUGCAGGAUAUGAUGACCCGAAGAAUAUAAGUAUUUACAAUGACACAAAUAUCG